CCACACAUAAAAAACGCAAGGACAGUUAAACUUUUAUUCAGUGAAGUGCAAGACAUUCCAUUGACCAAAUCAUUACAUGGAGAAUCUUAGGCAAAGUGUGACGAAAAUGAAAAGAUUGCAUCAAUUAAAGCUCAGCUUUGGGAAGGGAAGCAGCAGGGGACAAGAUGAGACUGAGAGAAAAAUAAAAAGAGAAGAUGAUGGAGAUGAGAGAGGAAGAGCAGGUCUGGUUUGUUUCCCUGUUCACAGGUUUUUUGAAGGACCGCGAAUGGACAACUUGACAUUCAGACACAGCAUUCUUCAAGUGGAGGGACUGAAUGUUACACCUCAGUCUACUUAUCCUGUUUUCAUUUUGCUUCUCUUGGUUUAUGUCUUUAUAAUGGUUUCCAACACUGCACUUAUCAUUCUUAUCUCAACAGAGAAGAAUCUGCAUCACCCUAUGCAUUUUCUGUUCUGUAACUUGCCACUGAAUGAUAUUCUAGGGACCACUGUCAUUUUGCCACGCAUAUUGCAGGACAUUUUCAGGGAAACCUCAGAGCGUUAUAUAACGUAUGUGGAUUGUGUUGUUCAAGCUUAUUUUGUACAUAUAUUUAUUGCAGCAUGCCACUAUGUGCUGAUAAUUAUGGCCUUUGACAGAUACGUGGCUAUAUGCAAUCCAUUGCGAUACACGGCUAUAAUGACAAAUAAAAUGGUGAUUAAACUGUCAGCAUUUGCCUGGGGACUGUCAGUACUUAUGGUGACAGUUCUGUUAGGUCUCACUAUACGUCUGUCUCACUGUAGAUAUAAAAUUGAAAACCCUUUCUGUGACAAUGCCUCACUGUUUAAACUGUCCUGUGAGGAAAGUGUGGUUAUUAACAAUGUGUAUGGAAUUAUUUAUACAGUGGUUUUAUUUAGCUUCUCAAUUGUGUCUGUAUUUAUAACAUAUGUCAAGAUUGCUACAGUGUGUAUAACCAGCAAAAACAAAGCUCUCAACAGCAAAGCCAUAAAAACCUGCAGCACUCACAUAGCUGUUUAUUUAAUCAUGCUAGUUUCUGGGUCCACUUUUAUCUUUCUCCAUCGUUUCCCACUCUAUUCUGAGAGCAGAAAACUGGCUAGUAUAAUGUUCCAUAUUGUACCACCAGGACUAAAUCCUUUAGUAUAUGGUUUACAAACCAAAGAGAUUAGACAGAAAUUAAUAAAAUUGUGGUGCAGAAAAAAAGGGAACUCUUAGUUUUUGUUUUGUUUUAUUUUAUUAUUAUUAUUAUUAUUUAUUCUUUUUUCACUAUAAUUUUCCAUUUCAGAUUUCAGAGUUUAAAGUAUUGAGUCUGUAUCUUACCCUCAUCAAUAUAUACAAAGCAGUGGUCUUUCCAAACUGUGGAUUAAAUUAGGAAUGUAAGUCUUUAGUAACUAUUUUGUAACUUUACAAGCACUUAUUAUUUACCCCUUCAGGGAACUUUAAAUAAAUCAUUGUCCUCACAUGGCAUGGUGUUACGAGAUCUUUGCUACACUCAAAACUGUACUUAAAUUAGUUUGCUGUUAUCUUGAAUGUAUUUUAAAUUAUUAAAUCUACCGAAUAAAUAGUUUUUUAUUGAGCAAAAUGUAUACAGGUUUUAUCAUAAAAGCUCAUAAUGCUAAAGUGAUAGUGUCUAACUUUCCACAAGUAAAACAUUGUUUUAUUGUUAAGAGGAAGUUUUGGAUUUGCAGCAACUAAUAGGUCACUAAGUUGUACAAAGGACAGGAACUCUGAGAUGUCCAGCUAUCAAUGCUGUCAGAUACAGUAGUUCUGCCAUGACGUGCAGAAGAAAAUAUACUGCAGGUUUUUGUGAGAAAUGAGGUGUUAAUGAAGCGAAGAUACCUAGAAAAAUUGGUAACACUUUAUAAUAAAAGUACAUGAAUAAUCAUAAAUUAAUACCUGAAUUUAAUAGUUACUUAUGCAUAAAUUUAUGAUGAGUUAAGAAAUGGACUAAUCGGGAACAAAUGAAGAGCUAACAUUAACUACAACAUAAGUCAUAUGAAUUCAUGCAUUAAUAAUGGUCACCUUAAUUCCAUGCUAGUACAUGUUUUAUAGUUAAUGCAUUAAUGAACAUUAGGAAAUAAUGUAAUAACCAAAAAAUCUGUAUGUUGGUUGAUGUAAGCACUGCAGUUAUUAUAUGGAGAGCCAUUUUUGUAGAGCAAACUGCAGUCAUUUUCUUAAUCAGUCAUUUUGACUUGCUGUUCAGCAAAAAUAUCUAAACAUCCUUAAAACAAGAUUGGAGAAGUACUACUGCAUAAGUCAAGACUUGUUUUCAGAUAAUAUGUCUUGAAAUACGUUAAAUUGUUGUACCCCAUUAGCUAUUGUUUAGCAAUUAGUUAAAUAUUUAGAUGUUAUUUUUUUACAAGACAAAGAUGCUGAUUAAGGAAAUUAUAUUUUGAAGUUCAUUGUGCAUUCACAAUGAGAAAUAUCCCUGAACUAAGGCUAGUCGGCCUAACAUGCAUGGAUUUAUGAGUGUUCGUCUAAAGUGAUUGAAAUAUUUGAGUUUUGCAAUUCUGGAUCUUUAGACUGAUGUAAAAUGAAGUAUUUCUAGUGCAAAUGAUGGGAAAGAAAAUAUGUUGAAUAAAAUGUAGGAUGUUUUAACUCAUAAACAAUUGACUGUAAUUUUUAAACAUUCUUCCAAACAUCAGUGGAGAAACGAGAAUGUGCGCAAAAUGUGAGCAAAAGUGCUGUUGUUCUGAAUUGAUUCAGGAGUGAAUUUAAAGUGCAAUUUAUAAGCAAAUUUCCAACUCAUUAAAAUAACUUGAUUAAAUAUUCACAGUGAUAUGUACAUGUUCAUU